ACAUCCUCUACUCCUUUAAAGUCAAGCGUAUCAUAUUUGAUACAUGAAUUUUUGUGAGUUUUUGAGACUUCUACAUCAUCAGCGUGACUUUUUUUUUACCCUCAAAAAAAUGAUAGAAAUUGCAUGACACAUUAUUAAUGACUAAAGUGCAAAAGUAUGGCCUAUGUAGCAAAUGUGAUACAAAUUAAAACUCAUAUAUGCAGAUUAAAAUUUGAUAUAUUUUUAUAGAUUUUGUCUAAAAGUUCAACCAACUUUCCAUUAUCAAAAAAUUAAUCUCUGACUUGGGGUUCAGACUGAACCUGUUCAGCUCUCGUAAAUAAAAUAAAUAAAAUAAAAUAAAAUAUAUAUUUAUUAUUUUAUUUUUUUUCCUAAGACAAAUAAUUUGACGGUGCACUCUGGGCUCGACUAGCUCUGUCUUCGGGCGAUUGUCCUGCCUUUGUCUCUGGGCACACCCAGGAAUUAUAUUACAGCAUUUACUGCGCUCUAUAUAAAAGACGCUUUAAAACUCACGAAUGGGGACGCUGGAGGCUUCUGGGAUUGAUGACUGUAAAUUCUGUGAAAUAGUAAACAACAAAACUGACACAGAGAUCCUGCUGAGCGACGAUGAGCUGGUUUGCUUUCGUGACAUGAAGCCUGGAGCCACCCAUCACUACCUGGUUAUUCCCAGGAUGCAUAUCAGCAACUGUAAAACCCUUAAGAUGGACAACAUACCUCUAGUGGAGCGGAUGGAACAAAUGGGAAGAAGUAUACUGGAGAAGAACAAAGUCUGCAGCCUCGAUGACGUCAGGCUGGGGUUUCAUCUCCCUCCAUUCUCGUCAGUUCCCCACCUCCACCUCCACGCUCUAGCUCCAGCCAGUAAGAUGAACUUGAAGUCUCAGCUUCGCUACGGGCAGCAGUCUUACUGGUUUAUUACAGUAGACAAAGUGCUUUCACAGCUGAAGACUCAUGGCAAAGUGAAAUGAACAGAUGCAGGUGUAGCAACCUUGUUUGCUGCUUACAGGUUGUUUAAUUAGCGUCCACCGCACUGAGUGCACUUUGCAUGACUUCUCCAGCCUGUUUGGCAUUCUGGUGCUAAUACGUUUGAAUAUUUUCCUCCAUGCCGCAUGCUGACUUGGUUGUGGAGAAGAG